AUGUUGUCUUCUUUGUGCAAGGCGACUUUGAGCAAACAGUUGGAGCAGAAGGUUAAAGAUGAGCCGGAUCCUAAUGCCGAAAUUCUGACUUUCGAGAAUCUAAAAACCUCCAUCGAGAAAUUCGAUGCACCCAUGCUUCGCAGGAUCAUAUCAGCGGGUCGCGACAUCGAAUACCUAACAGAAGAAGGUAGUCUACUUUACGCAGCUGUCAAAUUCAACGCUCCACUCUGGUUCCUGGAGGAAUUGCUGGAACUUGAGGCAAACCCCAACUACUUUUCCUACCAAGACCAUCAAACCGCCCUGCAUUUCGCUGCUCGCGAGGGCCUUUCCGAUGUGCUGGAGGUUCUCCUGGACUACGGUGGAAAUCCCAUGGAGUUGGAUAUAGCUGGAAAAUCAGUUAUUGAGGUGGCCCGUGAAGCCGGAAACAGGAACUGCGUCGAACAAUUGCAGCACGUUAUGAAUCUGCAGAGAGAACUACAGAUGCGAGAGCUCGGCGCGAAACGGCUUUGUGAGAGACAUCGUCUGUCCACUAUAUGUGAGCGAAGCGAGAAGAGUUCGCUCUCGAACACCAGUUACAACGCCGGAUCUACAUCAAUUUCACGCCGUCUAUCAGCUGGUAAUCCUUGAUCCGGGAGCGAAAUACCCCAAACGUGUGACUUCAUCCUAUUAACCGUUAACUCUCUUCCAGAUCCCUUGAACUGCGCCUUCUGCCAGGAAAAGUCCUCGACGGAUCUAUCGGUGUCCAAUCUGGUCGAGACCACACCACCAUCGACUCUUUACGUCUCUCGCUAUCCGCUCAAAUCCACAGAGAACUCUCCCGAGGAACAAACCCCGUUGAGAACGAGUCGGGCGAGGCGAAGACUCGCGGACAGUUUCAAUGAGGACCCCGACGAUGAGAAUGAAGAUGUGCAAGCGCCUUCCGAUAAAGGGGUGGUGCGAAAUCUCCGUGACGGUCUCGGGAAAGUCGCUGCCGGAAUCCUCGCUUAUCUCAGUUCGGAUGAAUCUCCAAGCGGUGAUCCCAAAAAAAACGAAAGCGAUGAUUCUGGCGAAUCUAGUUUCGAAUCCGCCAAAACCACAACUUCGGACGAUUCUAGAACUUCAGCUGAGCUCGACAACCUCAACUGGACUAGGGAAAAUAGCGUCGCGGCUCUGAACGACUUUCUCCUGCGGGCGACUCUGCAGGAACGUCAGAAAUCGUUCUCGUCCACCCUUUUCACCGAAGAUUACACUCUGGACCGCGACGCAGGAGACCGGGCUACCUUCCACUCGAUUCGUUCAGUUAAAACUCCUCUUCCUGAGAACAUCCAGUGCCUCAGCGACGAGGAGCUCUACGAACAAUUGAAACAACUCGGCAUGAACCCCGCGCCUGUGAACGAUGCCACAAGGCCCAUCUACCUCCACCAACUUGCACAUCUCCGUCUGGGGAACGAAGUCCGGUUGACGAUAGGCGACGAAGUGAGCUUCGUCUCCGCAGUUGACGGAAACUGCGUCAGUAAGUUCCGUAUGCGAGCAGGAUGCGAAAGUCCAGGGGAGCUCAGACUCCCCUCAAUUUCAAAUUAAUAAAUCGAAAAUGAUUGGGCUCCGAUCCAUGAUUCAGGCCACGCCGAGGCUGACUGCUGCCAAGUCGUUCACCGCGACACUGACUCGGGGCUGAUGCUACUUGAAGACCACUACGGCACGAGACGCUCGAUAUUACCCGCGAACGUCGUACAAGCGUCGAUCUCGCAAGCUAUCCCUCCGGAUCUUGUAAAACUUUCCAAUGAUGAACUCAGGCAUAAGCUCACUGAAUAUGGGGAAAUGCCCGGACCCGUCAAUCGACAAACUAGAGCGGUCUACCUCCGGCUCUUACACCGUCUCAAGCAGCAAGCGAUGCACACUCCAUCACCCUCCCAGCUCCGCUCGGUUCUUCCAUCGGAACUUCAUCAGCUCUGCAUGCGUUUCGAGCAGGUUUUCGAAACGUAUUCAAAUCUGGAACGUCAGAUGGAAGAAUCUUUCCAGAACCCUAACAAGCGGUGGCGAGAAGGCUCGGCCAAAACCGCAUUCACCUACCUUCUCCUAGACUCUGGCGUCACCCAGAACCUCCCGCUCAGAGCAGCGAACUUGAGUUUGCCCGAAAUGAUGGAAGUGUUCGUCAAGGGAAUAUUCUACGUUGGCAAAGGCAAACGAUCCCGUCCAUUCGCUCACCUCUACGAAGCUCUCGAAAUCCGGAACGGGAAUGGCACGACGAAAGGAUCGAAGACCACCCCGAAAUACGGCCAGACUCCCAGAACGGGAGACAAAAUCAAACGUAUUCUCAGGAUAUGGGAACAAGGUCACGGGGUCAUAUCUCUGCACGUCUUCCAGAAUGUGCUCCCGGUCGAAGCUUACACGAGGGAGGGUGCCAUGAUCGAGGCUCUGGGCAUCAAUAGGCUCUUAACUAACGAGAAGCGAGGAGAGUUCUACGGCGUGUCGGAGACGUGGACAGCGCGGCAGCGUAAACAGUUAGGAGCCUACUUGGUGUACCGAGCAAUGCAAGUUUUUCUCGCCGAAGGAGAGCGCCGCCUUGGACCCCUAGAUCUCUGA